ACAUAGUUUUCUAUUUAUAAACAUUUUUUGUUUUUUUUUUUUUGUUUCAAUUCAGUUUAUAGGCUUUAAUGGCCUUCUGAACUGUGCAGUAUCUACUUUAUUGGGAUUGCUGUAGUGGUAUCUGUCAAACCUUUCAGCAGUUUUUUGUCAGCCUGCAGCAGGAUUUUUAAUAUAUAGAUUUUGAUUUCGUAAAUUAAGCGUUACAUUUUCUCUUUUAAUGUUUUCUCUGUCAAUGGCUUUCUUUUUAUUUGUUUCAGAUCUCUCUUCAACUUCAUUUAAAUCUAUGUUUAUUUUAUUUAUGAAAUCUAUUGGCUUAAGUUUAGUUGUACUACAGUGGUCGGCAUUUCUUAGCACAAUUGUGCAAACUAACUUCACACGUACGCUUAUAGCAUUGACAGACGGCAGCGUUAAACCAGAUUAUUUGCAUUUUUCGGGAUUAAUUCAGGAGUUACCACAGCUAACUCCGUUGCUGAAUCCAAACAUAACUCUCAAAAUUUUAGGGAGUUUGUGAGAUUUUCGUUGGCAACAUUGUUAAUAAUUGACAGCUGUAUUCUAUUGUGAAUGAAAAAUAAGAACAGUGACAGCUGUUUUACGUUUAAAUGUAUUCAAAGUUAUUUUAAAAAGCGACGAUUGAAGAUUAAAAAUGGCUGGCAGAAAAAAACGGUCAGGGUGGACUUUUAAGGAUGAGUUGGAGCUGCUGGAAAAAUGGGAGGCACGUUCCCACGACCUCCGGCGUGCAAAGCGAAAUGCUCAUAUAUACAAUGAGAUUUCGCAGGAAAUGGCACAAAAAUACACCGCCGAGGAAAUUCACUGCAAAGUGAAAAAUAUGACAAAGAAAUACAGAGAGGAGAAAACCAAAAUUGGCCCUUCUGGUGGUAGUCCCUCGCCUUGGAAGCAUUAUAAUGCUGUGAAUCGCAUAGUAGGGUGUACUGCCGUUAAUUCGGCUUUGUACAUAGAGACAUACUCGUAUUCCGAGAAUUCAACAUUAAACCAAUUGUUGCCGCCGUCCGACCCAUAAUUAUCACCUCCGUUGCCAUCGCCAUCAUGUCCGCUGCCACCUUCGUUGCCGUCACCAUCACCGUCAUGUCCGCUGCCACCUUCGUUCACCAUAUUUAAUGAAAUGGUAUGUUAUUUUCUAGUCCUUAACCAUUAUUUAAUGAAAUGUUUUGUUAUUUUCUAGUCUUAAAACAUAAUAUAAUGUAACAAAAAAUGAAUUUAAAUAAAAAAUGAUCUCUUUAAAAAAUGGAUGUUUGUAAUUAUGUGUACUAAUAUUUGUUUUCUGCUACUCUAUACAUCUAUACUCACGAAAACUCAGAGCUAUUGCAUUUCUAAUAUUUUUAAAAAAUUGUGCAAAAUACAGCAUGCAUGUAUAAUUUAUAUAUAAUUUAUAUUUAAUUUAUAAUUUGCAUCUGUGCGGCUAACAAUCGCAAUGCUUGUCUUCUAUCCAUUUUUGUUUUAUAAAAUUGAAAAUGUUAUUAAUAUGCCAAUCAGCUGUUCGGUAACUCGCUUCGCUGCUGUCUGUCACCUAUAAAUUUGGAUCUGAUUAAGGGCGCAGUUAAUCAGGGUUAACGCUGCCGUCUGUCAAGGCUAUUACGCUCUAUCGUUCAGUCGUUGUCGAGCCAGCAACGAAUUAACAUCACGCGAGAUUAUAGCGCAAACCAAAUAUGCCCUGCGAGAAAUAUGUUAUGAUUCUAAAUGCCUUUGAUGCCAUGCAAUGCCUUUUAUGUUCCAAGUCUUUUAAAGAUAAUAGGGAAUAUAUCCUCAAAAGACAAUUUGUUAAUCUUCAUUAUACUAUUAAUCUAUAUAUAUAAAAAUAAGUCCGUAUAUGUACGUCGCCGAAAUAAUUAUAAACGCGUCGUGCGAUUUCAACCAAACUUAUACACUACGUAGGCAGUGGCCCAUAUAUGGUUUAUAUGAAGUUUGGUUGAAAUCCGAUAACGCAUGUGCGUGCGGAGCCAGAAGAAUAAUAACACGUGAAUUGCAAGCAUUGUUUCAUGAACAUAAUGAUUUGAUUAAAACUUUUCGGACAGCACUUGAUCAGAUGCCGUCUGAUGAUCAUAAAAUCGUGAUUCGUGCUGAUAGAAGACCAAUCGGAGAACACGAACAAAGAUUUAAUGCACCUAUAAAUAAUGAAGUUGCUGUGGUGAUUGUCGGCGAUGAGUUUCAAUCACGUGACAUUGUAUUGAGUAGAAGAAAUAAUCAAUUACAACGUGUUUGUGAAACACAUCGCUCUUACGAUGCUCUAAAGUACCCAAUUUUGUUUUGUCGGGGUGAAGAUGGAUACUCUAUUAUAUUAAAAAUGGUAAAUUUGUUUAACAAGAAUUAGUAAGAAAUGAUUUAAAUUUCCAUUUUUUUUUUUUCUCUUCAGAAGACUUCACGUUCUGUCAGCGCUAUGAACUAUUAUGCACAUAGAAUUAUGAUACUACAAAAUCAGAAAAUCAUAUUUUGAAAUGCUGGAGACUCUUUCACCAAUAUGUCGUAGACAUGUAUGCAAAGAUAGAAACAGAGCGUUUGAACUUUAUUCAAUUCAAUCAACGGAAGUUGCGAUCAGAAUAGUAUAUACAUCUCCCCGAUGCAAUCAAUAAUGAUGGAAAUGUUGACAAUGUUGGACAAGUUGUUAUAUUACCAGCAAGUUACACAGGCAGUCCAAGGCACAUGCAUGAAUAUGCACAAGAUGCCAUUUGCUAUGUUCGUUUGUAUGGUCGACCAGAUUUGUUUAUUACAUUUACAUGUAAUCCACAAUGGGACGAAAUCAAGCAAUAUUUAUAUGAAAGGCAAUCUUCUACAGACCGUCACGACAUAACUGCACGAGUAUUUAGACAGAAGCUGAAGUCAUUGAUGGAUUUUACUGUUAAACAUCAAGUUUUCGGCGAAGUUCGAUCUUGGAUGUAUUCGGUGGAAUGGCAAAAGAUAGGAUUACCACAUGCCCAUAUUUUGGUUUGGUUAGUCAACAAAAUAACAAGCGAUCAAAUAGAUGACAUCAUCUCAGCAGAAAUUCCUGAUCAGGAAAUCGAUCCAGGUUUAUUUGAUGUUGUUACAAAAAGUAUGAUUAAUGGACCGUGUGGUGUUCUAAAUAUUAAUUCGCCAUGUGUGAAAUGCCCGAAGCGGUAUCCCAGAGAUUUGAUUUCCGAAACAAUUAAUGGAAAUGAUAGUUACCCAUUGUAUCACCGACGCUCAACAGAUUAUAAUGGCUAACCAAUCAAUCUACGAGUCAAUAAUCAAGAUAUUACAGUUGAUAAUAGGUGGGUUGUCCCCUACUCGCCAAUACUAUUAAAAGCAUUCAAAGCUCAUAUUAAUGUACAUAGAAUAUUGCAAUUAUGUUAAAUCGAAUUAAUAUACCUGCAAGUAUGUAAAUAAAGGCAGCGACAUGACUGUGGAAGUUAUCAGUAGCAAUGAGGCAGUU